AUGCCUAAGCCAGAACCGCAACUUCCCCUGGGCAGCUCUUCGACACUGCGCGGGUUUGCCGAAAGCUUCUCGUUCCACAACUCGCCAGAGGCAUUCAUCACAUCGCGCAUCAUCGAUUUCCAAAGACAGCACCCGGAGGCUGUAGAAAAUAGAGCUAUCGUUCGGGCAAAGGUGCUGAAUCGCAAUGUCGCAAUUGUCUCCUCGCAUGCGCAAAUCCAUCAAGUCCUGGCCCAGGAUGCGGCAGGUUACGAAGCCAGUGGCGCAUAUGCUGAACUGAUGGCACCGUUCUUUCCAUCACCGAACUUGUUACUGACGGAUGGUGACGAACAUGCAUAUAUGCGUCAAACAUGGGAAGCGAGAAUGGAGUCUCUCAAGAAAGUGCUAGCUCCUGCAGUAUCUGAGCGGGUCAAUCAACAUUUCUCUGAGCCGUCAACGUCAGAGAUAGACAUGUAUGAGUCUCUGAAAAGGCUUUCAUGGAAGAUACUGCUCGGAACAUUCCUGGGUCUCGACCGCGACAACAGUCUCUUCGAUACGUUGGAGAGCCUACAGGAAGACCUGCUUCGAGGCCAAUUCUCGCUGUUCCCGGUGACAGUGAACACAGGUUUCUGGCACUCGCCUCGAAAGAAGGGUAAAGAGGCAAACAAGAAGCUGCAAGACAAAAUUCUGCGUCAUAUGAAGGAAGAAAUAAAAGCAUGUCCAUUUGUUGUUGCGGACCAAGGCGAAAGAGAGGACGUUGCAAAGCAUUCAGUCCUCUUCACCAGCAGUCUCGCGGUCAAAGCGCUAGCAUCUCUUUUGACAGCCUUCCUGUCAAACCUAUUCUUGUAUCGGACGAAGGACGGUCGAUCGCUGGCCGAUACUUUGGCCGGUGAAACUGAACCAGGGAGGCUUUCGCUACGCUUACGCGCUAUACUAUUGGAGACUGAACGACUUAGCCCGCCCAUUGUAGGCGUCAUGAGACGGUCAACAAGAGAUAACGUCAUUUCGUCGCCGGGGGAGCAGCCUGACAUCAGAAUACCAAAGGACUGGGACUGUUGGUUGUACUUCGUGGGCGGUGGCCGUGAUCCAUCGACUUACGGGUCGACUUGGGAUGUGUUCGACCCAGAUCGAUAUCUUGACAAGGGUCUGGCGCCCGGUGUAGCCUACGGAGCGGGUCCGAAGACUUGUUUGGGUCGCGAUGCGAUUCGCGAGAUCGCGCUGGCUGUGGCAGAGACAUUUUUGCGCCUCGGAAUCCAGAUCGAUGGCAAGAUUAAACCGCGUGGAGUACGCGGUUGGCUGGGGUGGGAACCGAACGAUUCGGUGAUGCCUGAGGAUUGGGCUCGAGAUAUGAAGCAGUUGCCGACUCAGAGACCGUCAGACCCAAUCAUGAUACGUGUGUCGCGUAGCUAUCUAUAG